ACAGGGUCUUGUGAACGACUGUAGGGUAAUUCGCUCCAGAGAUUUGAUCUACAACGGUAGAUCCACCUCGUGAAGAACAUCUCAUAGCCACGGAUCCUCUAUGAUGACCAGUAUGGUCCGUUGGGGAAGUACUUCCGACGAGGGCAAAUACACGAUCCAAGAUCCGCGCUUUCGGUUGAUGACAUGCAUCUAAAAACGAAGCUGAAGCCCCCUCGACGUUGGUAGUAGACAAUAAUCGACGCUUCCACAGACCUUUUCUUCCUCCAAGAAGACAUCAUGCGCGGCUUAGAAACCUUCACCGCGCUCGCCGCGGCAGUGGCAACGGUAUCUCAAGCCUACAGCCUCGAAAACUUCGCCUCCCCUCCAAACACCUACCGCCCAAAGUUCAGAUACUGGCUCCCCGAUGCCGAGGUCGAUAUUGAAGCAGUCACCCGUGACGUGGCCGAGAUAGCCUCCGUCGGCGCAGGCGGUCUCGAAUUCCUCCCUUACUACCAAUUCCACUCUCCCUCAGCGAACUGGUCCGACUAUGGUUAUGGUACAGACGCCUCUCGCGCUGUGUUCCGCGCGGCGAUGGAAGCGGCCGAGCAGAAUGACCUCCUUUUUGACUUUGCCAUUGGUGCGAAUCAGGGACAGGGUGUACCCUCGGAGCCGGAGAGUGUUGGGCUUGCGUUGGAGUUGGCAUACGUGAAUGUCACAGUCGCCCCAGGACACCCCUUCAACGGAACCCUCCCCCUCUCAACCCAGCCCGCGAGCCCCUCCCUCCACCUCUUCAUGCACCCAUGCGAAGAAUUCGGCCAGCAGAACCUCUCUUUCGUCCUAGCUGUGGAAGAAACGCUGGCAUCCAACGCUUCAUCCACCGCCGUCAAACUCGGCCGCGUCAUCGACAUUACAGCCUCAGUAGACCCAUCCACGAGAUCCGUCUCAUGGACGUCUCCGGAAGACUCACAGAACACCUGGCGGAUAAUGGCUUGGUACACUCGUUACACCAACCAACGCUCCAUCGACGCUGCGGCCGAUGCUACAACAUGGGUGCAGAACGGAUCCUGGGUCACCGACCACUUCAGUGCCGCGGGGGCAAAGAAGCUGACGGGCUUCUUUGACGACUAUAUCGUGCCUGAAGAGCAGGAUAGAGAAAUCCUCGCUCGUGUGGGGAAAUAUGCCUGGGAAGACAGCAUGGAAAUGGACACAGCUUUAUAUUGGACACACAAUUUCGCCGACGCGUUCCGCGAACAACGAGGCUACGACAUCGCAACAUGCCUCCCCUUCCUCAUUCAACGCGAGAACUACUGGGCAGCGCAGAACCUCCCCUACGGCGAAUCCUUCCUCUCGCACAAUAACAGCACCCUAGUCUCGCGCUGCAACGAUGACUACCGCCUCACUCUCCAACAUGGAUACGAGGAAUACAUCCGCGCAACCUCGGAAUGGGCUCACGAACGGGGACUACAAUACUCCAACCAGCCAGCCUACAACCUCCCCUUGAACAUGCUCGACUCUAUCCCCCUCGUCUCCGCCCCUGAAGGCGAAUCCCUAGGCUUCAACGACUCCCCCUCCCUCUACCGCCACCUCUCCGGCCCAGCCCAUAUGACCCGCAACCCCGUCGUCUCCUCCGAAGCCGGCGCCGUCAGCGGCGCAAGCUACACCCAAACCAUCCCGGACCUCCUCCGUACCGUCCGCCGCGGUCUCGCGGGCGGGGUGAGCAUGAAUGUCUUUCACGGAUACGCUUAUUCUGGCGCAUACGCCCAGACGACGUGGCCCGGGUAUACCGUCUUUUCGUACACGUUUACCGAUAUGUGGGGACCGCGGAUGCCGUCGUGGAGGAGUCAACGCAGCGAGAAGGGCUCCGGUGAUGGGUUCAUGGCUGAUGCGAUGGCGUACGUCGCGCGAAAUCAGUUUAUAAGUCAGAUUGGUACCGCGAGGGUAGAUCUCGCAUUCUACCAGUACGCAGCGCCCUUCGCCAAACUCAUCUAUGAGAGCGACAACCUCGAGAAGCUGGGCUUCACGUACGAUUACCUCGGCCCCGCCAGCUUCUCCUCGCCGAACGCCGUCGUCAGCAAAGAUGGUGUCCUCGCGCCGGAUGGAGCGGCGUAUAAAGCUCUCGUCUUCGCCAACCAGACAAAGUUGACGCCGGAGAUGGCGGCGCAAACGAAGGCGUUCGCGGAAGCAGGGCUAGCAAUUAUCGUUGUCGGAAGCGCGGAUUUCCAGAGUGUUGGUGCCCAUGGAGUUGAUACUGUCCCGGAGAUUAUGGCAACGGUCCUUGAGAUGGAGGGCGUGAGGAUGCUUGCGUCCGCGGAGGAGUUACCUGCCACGCUCGCUGCCCUUGAUAUCCGGCCUCGAGUUGAGUUUUCGGGAGAGAGUGAUGCUGAGAAGUGGUAUUCGUUCUCGCGAAGCACUGAGGACGCCGAGGUAGUGUUCUUGUACAAUGACGGCGGAAACUCCACGACGAAUAAUGUCAGCUUUCUCGGUAUGGCAGACAGAACUCCCUACGUUCUCGACGCCUGGACGGGCUCGGCAUCACCGCUUCUACAGUACACAGUCGAGGAGAACAACAUCAUCGUGCCCAUGACACUCGCCGCGAACCAGACCACCAUCCUCGCUUUCUCCAACCAAACUUCAUCCGCAGAUGAUGAUCACAACAAAUCCAUCCUGCCUCGUCCGCCAAGCACCCACGUAACAUUCACCUCCGGCGCCCUCUCAGCACUCCUCUACACCAAGACCCAAGACCCCAACACAAACACCACGACCAACAACACCCGCAUCACAGCAUACCUCACCCCCGGCACCACAACACUAACCCUCGCCACGGGCCAAACCCUCACCUUCACCGCCUCUCAGCUCCCAGGAGCAACGGUCCUCGACGCAUGGAACAUCACAGUCAACGACUGGCGCAGCGGAACCGACUCUUUCUCGAUGGAAACCGCAAUCACCCCGUACCGGUUCCUCGACAGCCCGCUAGCGUCGUGGAAGGAACUAGAUCCCGUCAAUCUGGGUAACACAAGCGGUACGGCAGAGUACGAGACCACAUUCCGGACGCUUCCACAAUCUACCACGGAACAGCGGUUAGGAGCCCGUCUUCAUUUAGGCGCCAUCACCGACGCAACGAUGCUAUGGGUCAACGGCGAGAGAGUGAUCUUCGACGUGUACAGUUCGCCUGACGUCGUGGUGGACAUCACGAAUUACCUCAACCCCGCGGGCGCCGCCAAUGUAGUAAAGGUAGAAGUUGCUUCGACGCUGUAUAACCGCGUGAGAGCGGAGCAGGACAACGUCAUGACGUUUGGAGUCGCUGCUUCCGUGGCAGGUGCGAGUUACUUCGACGCCAACCCGGCCAAGGAGAAUGGACUUAGAGGACCUGUGUCGAUUCAAUGGGUUGAGGCUGUCGACGUACUUUGAAGCGGUGUCGUUACAAUUUUGAGUAUACACAGCGUGGUGCUGGUUUGUGUUUUCAAGUUGAUGUCUUCGCUCUAAGGAACAUCCCACAUUCACAAGCUAACUGUAAGUUUUACCUUCUUG